AUGGACGAUGCACGAAGGUUCGCUGAUAUCGUCCCGAUACCGUUCAAGAUCGUGGCGUUGCUACAGAUCGGUAUAGGGUUCUGGUAUCUUCUCGUAAAAAUCUGCUACGAAAUUUACCUGCUAAAUAUUCUUGAGUUAUUGAACCUUUCAUACUCACCGCAUAAUUAUGGAGAUACUGGAGAAAGAAUGCCCUCGGGAGAAGCGGCUACUACGAUUCCCGCAGACUCCAAAGAGAACCAUCUUUUAUUAACAGGCAUAAAAUCUAAUUUCAAGCGAUUGUUGGUCGUCAAUUGUACCCUUUUUGUUAACUGUAAAGUGGUACUGUAUUUCGUCAGUGACCAAGGCGAUCAAACCAAAGACCAUAUACUCCAGGGUACUUACUAUGUGUUAAGCCUGGCAGCGAUAAUGACGACCAUAGGCGGAAUAUUUCACAGCACCACUAAUCCUCGUCAAUUGGGUCAGUUUCGUCUACACUCAUCAAUCAAGAGAAUCAUGUUAGGAGGUAUCAAUUCCAAUACCAUGCGUACCAAUGACAUUCUUCUCUCAGAUACACUCACAUCCUACAGUAAGGUCCUUAAUGAUUGUGGGCUUUAUAUAUGGACAUUGGUGUUCUCUUCCAAUCCAUACGACCCCAAAUUGGAAUUUAUCGUUUUGAUUAUACCCACAUUAAUCCGAAUGAAACAAUGCUGGCACGAGUAUAAACGAACCAAUAAGUUACAACAUGUUUUCAACUUGACAAAAUACUCCACAGCAAUGGGUCCAUUGUUCAUCAAUUUACUCAUAAAAUUGACUCUUGCUACAUUCAAUCCCGACAACAAAGAAGACCUACAAAAGGAAGCAGUUCUCCACCAUCUUUCUUACUUGAACAAAUGGUGGUAUGUACUCUCAACACUAAACUCAGUAUACACUUUCAUUUGGGACAUCAAAAUGGAUUGGGGAUUUCAGGCAUUCGAUUCAUUUUUCACAACCACACCGUCCGUUGUCAUUCUUCGCCCCAAUCGGCACCUUUACUUCAAAAGUUAUUUAUUCUACUACUUUGCCAUAAUUCUGGACUUUGUCCUCCGGUUUCUUUGGGUCCUCAAACUCUUUAUUGUACACGAAAAUGAGAACACUGGCUACGCACACAUGGUGGGAGCAUUCCUCUUUGGUAGCGAUGCUCUUUCGUUUGGGUACACGUUGGUGGAAUUCCUAGAGAUAUUUAGAAGAUGGGUAUGGUGCUUCCUCAAGUUGGAAUCUGACUGGGGAAAACUCCAAGACAGUGGAAUCCAACUUGAACUUCGGCCAUUCCAAACCAAGGUAUAG